AUGGGGCGGGCUCUCGGCCGCGGCAUCGAGCCAAUCGAGGUCCCGCAGCGAACAUUGGCAAAAGCUGGCAAAAUGCCACGAAUUGGACCGGUGGAUUUAAAUGGAUUCGUGUUUGUGCGUGUGAGACAUCUUUCGAAUGCACUUGACAGUAUUUUGUCCGCUACAGAGCAUUUAUCUAUUGACUCUGGAGAUGUAAACAACACAACUGAUCCAGAUAAUGAAAGGGAACACGUAACUAUCCAGAGCUCAUGUGUUCUCGCCCAAAACGUAGAUCUUCUAUUGGCAGAUGCUUCUGCUUUGACUUUUUUCAUACAGUUCCUAGAAUACUACGGUGGGGUGCAAAGUGGCAACUGGUUUUGCUACCACUGUGCUGUCAUAAUUCUUGUUGCGCCUUGGAAUGUGCAGCCAUGGUGGUACUUUUCCAUGCAAGCGCUUAGCCCUAUUGAAAUAGGAGAUACUGCUCGUAGAAAAAUGGAAUCGGAGAUUUGUUCUGACGAUGGACGUCCAUUGCGGUCCUCAUUUCAUAUAGCGAAGCGGAACUGCUCUCUACGGAUUCAUGAUAGGUAUCUUGAGAAUUUCGUCAAGUCUCCGGCGUAUCAAGAGUUCUUGAAGGAAUUAGAAGCUGAAAUACAAUACACGCGUUUUUCUUCUCUGUUCUUUUUCAAAUUAGAAAAACCUGGAGGAUGUGUUGACUUGCAGGUUGAAUUGCCUCGUUCUAAUCGUGCCGUGAAGUGCGGAUCUUCAUCAUCGGACACGCAGGCAUUACUUUUCAAUCAGCAUUUCGAUGUUCCUGAUUUUAAGAGCACGCCACCUUCGAGAUCAUCUCAGCCUUCGCCUCUACUCGUAAGACGUAACAGAAGUCUCAACCUUGCCGAGAUUGAUUGUAUGGGUCAGUACCGGGUUCUCUAUGACGAUUCGCUUGCACAGGAUAACACAACGCCAUCAAAGAUUCGACAGAAGCUGCGUAAAUAUUUGGAUAAGUCCACUGUCAGAGAAGAAGAGAUCGCAGUCGAAGUUGCUCGAACAAUUAUAGCGGAUGUGCACAGUAUGGUAGAGGCCGGCAAACGAUGA